AUGUCAGAGGAGAAGAGAAAUAAGGAGCCCUCUCUGUUCACCAGGGCUGUAAGCAAGCAGUUAACCUCUGUAGAUAAAGAAACACUUAAAGAGGUAGUUAAGCCAGAUACUCAAAGCAGGACUUUGCCCUGCAGGGAGCUGCUGCACUUCCUCCAGAGGAACAUCGUCAUUGCUGUUGGCGCGGUGGCGGGAAUCCUAGUGACCACAGUGGUGUUGCUGCUCAUGCUAACCAUGCACGCCAGGAGGAAACAGGCGUUAUAUCCUCCGGCAAACAUGACAUAUAACAUUUUUAUAAUGAAUGGAAAGGCCUGGUGGAACAAGUCUCAAGAAAAGAACUCCAAAAAAUACUCAGGAAAGCAGAAACAGCUGAGCUGUGAUUAG